AAGACAGUCAAUCACUCACACACACACACACACACACACAGUGUACUUUGAUGGAGUGUCUGUUGCUUGAGCGGCUCCCCUGCUUCUGCGUCAAGACACGCUCUCCAUCUGUGUCCAGUGUGCGGAUUAGAGGCUUAUUAUCCUCUUAGCUCUAAAUGGCCCCACGUUCCUGCACUUCGCUGUCCAUCUCAUCUGCUGUCUGGGACGUGAACCGGAGCGUCACACGAAAGCGAGACUCGUGCGUAAAAAUGACCGUGCCCACCAUUUAGUUGUUUUAGUUGUUGCGCAUUACGCGUGAGCUAUCGGGACAGCCCAGCUCCUCGUCGUCUGUCAGCGCGCCUCUUGGGGCACAGGAGCUGUCUGUCCGUCCGUUACUGUGUCCAGCCCACUGAUCUUUUGCAGACUGUAAUCUUAUCAGUGUCAAACCGUAACUGGCCUUUCCUCUCGGGCAGUUUCUGCCAGUCUUUGGAUGGCGUUUGCGCCAAAAUUUAAAUAAACAAACGAUUUUUAUCACAGGCGACUUUUGUCAGCAAAGGGAUUAGUUUGAUUUGCGGUCACAUGCGCGUUUCAGUGUGUGAUAAAAUGAACGUUUGACCGUUUUUAAACUUUCGAGCCGAAGAAGACAUGGAAUCUACAUGGAAAGAAAGGAGUCUUUUAUACUUACUCCUCUUCGCAAUAUCCACAGCCAGCGUUUGCUUUUGCGCAAAAAGAUCAAAUGUUCGGAGAUCUGAUCGUCUGAGUCCUCCGUUGGACAUCCAGCUGGAGACAAUCAACUGCACCGCCUUUCGUGUACGAUGGAAGAUGCCACGGCGACACGUUAGCACCAUCACUGGAUACAAGGUCUUCUAUACAGAGGUGAGGAAUGGUCGUCCACUUGGUGCAGCGUCUUUUAUGGAGGUGCCUCUCAGUUUGGAUAUGUUGACCACUGGGCAGUUUGAUGGACAAGCAAGCUUUGAUGUGGACGUUGGUAACCUUAAAGUGAACACGAAGUACAGAGUGAGCGUUGGAGCUUAUGGUUGGGCAGGGGAGGGUAGACCGAGCAUGCCCAGAGAUGUCAGCACUGCUUCACAUGAUAUGUGCAUGCCCCCGUCGCCCCCCACUCAGCCUGUCGUCAUGGCUGUAUCUGACACAGAGCUGGCAUUGUCAUGGCAGCAAGGGGAGAGCGAGGGAAGCGCACCUGUCCUUCACUUCCUUGUGGCUUACAUCAGGCCAGAAAUGGACACUGAGUGGACGUAUAUUCGUGAGCCCAUUGAAACUAAUUCCAUGGUUUUGAAGGGGUUGCUACCGGAAACAGAGUACCAGUUUGUUGUCCGGGCGGUCAGCGUGCAUGGAGCAAGCCCUCCCAGCCACAUCAACAACCCCGUGCGCACUCUCGCUGCAUCAGAUGCUGGCAGUGGUGAUUACAGGCGUUACCUCACAGAUUCAGGGAUCAAAGAUGACGAUGGCUUCGACAUUGAUGACUCUGAUUAUGAUGUCUUUAUUGAAGAGUUGAAGCCGUUCCCAGGAAUCAAUCAGGGCAACGUGAAGUCUCAGCUCCGCUCACGUUCUGGUUCGCCGUCUGAUCGGAAUGUUAUUUAUCGUAUGAACACCAUCGCUCCUCCCAACGUUACUGUCCCUCCAGCCUCCUCCGCCACCUUGUCCAUCAUCCCAGACUUCACAGAUCUGGUUUUCUCGCCCGUCUCAGAGCCUAGUACUACUACUGACGCCACCACUACUUCCCCUUCUACCACUGCCAGGAGCACUUUGCCCACCACCACCACCACUCCAACCAUGUCCCCUUGGAAGGGUGAGGUACCCCGUGUGUACGACCUGACCUGUGACGAUACCGUGUGCCCCCCAGACAGCUUCUGUCUCAGUGAUUACGACAACGGAGGCUCACGCUGCCACUGUAACCUCGGACGAAGAGGGGACACUUGCUCGGAGGUGGUUCUGGUGAACUUUCCCAGGUUCUAUGGCCAUUCGCACAUGACCUUUGAACCCUUGAAGAACUCUUACCAGACAUUUCAGAUCACUUUGGAGUUCAAGGCAGAUGCAGAGGAUGGCUUGUUGCUGUACUGUGGAGAGAAUGAACACGGCCGUGGAGACUUUACCUCUUUGGCUCUGGUGCGAGGCAAGCUGCACUACAGGUUUAACUGUGGCACAGGAGCAGCUCAGAUAGUCAGUGAGAGUCGUAUUGUUGUUGGUCAGUGGCACACAGUCACCAUAUUCAGGGACGGCAUGAGUGGUUGGCUGCGUAUGGACAAUGACACACCCAUAUCUGGACGCUCUCAGGGCCAGUACACUAAGAUCACUUUUCGUUCCCCGCUGUAUGUGGGCGGAUCCCCGAGUGCUUAUUGGCUGGUCAGGGCGACAGGGACAAAUCGCGGCUUUGUCGGCUGCAUUCAGAGUCUGACCGUCAACAACAAAGCCACAGACAUCAGACCCUGGCCUCUGGGCAAAGCUCUGAGUGGAGCUGACAUAGGUGAGUGCAGCGACAGCGUAUGUGACCUCAUCAGCUGUGCCAAUGGAGGAGUCUGCUUUGCAAACCGCGCCGAUGGCUACAUCUGCCUUUGUCCGCUCGGCUUCAGAGGAGCACUUUGUGAAGAGAGUUUCUCACUGUCCUCACCUCUCUUUAACGAGACAGUGUUUUCAUACGCUGUCAUCCCGUGGCCUCAGUCCUCUCAGAGUUACCUGUCAUUCAUGGAGUUUGAGCUGACAUUUCGGCCAUCGAUGCCCGACGGGACGCUGCUGUACAGCGAUGACGCAGGCAGCGGAGACUUCCUGGCUAUCAACCUGGUCAACAGAUAUGUAGAGUUCAGAUUUGACUGUGGCUCUGGGGCAGCUACAAUAAGGAGUGAAGAGCAGAUUAGUAUGGACUCAUGGCAUGAGCUGAGGGUGUCUCGCACAGCAAAGAGUGGUAUCCUUCAGGUGGACAGCCAGAGGCCAAUGGAAGGGAUCGCUGAGGGAGCUUUCACUCAGAUUAACUGCAGUUCACCUCUUUAUAUUGGUGGAGUUCCAGAAUAUGAUAAAACCAAGAGGGCAGCAGGUGUAAUAAAGCCCUUCACUGGAAUUAUUCAGAAGCUCAUACUCAAUGACCGUACCAUCCCAAUAACAUCUGGCACCGCUGGUGGAGUUAAUGUGGCCAAUUCUGCCCACCCAUGUGUGCAAAGUCCCUGUGCCAACGGAGGGACCUGCAGGCCCAAGUGGGAUAAUUAUGAGUGUGACUGUCCCUUAGGGUAUGAUGGGAGGCACUGCCAGAAAGCCGUGACAGAAGCCAUUGAGAUCCCGCAGUUCAUUGGCCGAAGUUACCUGACAUACGACAACAGAGAUAUCCUGAAAAGGGUUUCUGGGUCCAGGACCAACCUUUUCAUGCGUUUCAAGAGCACAGCCAAGGAUGGCCUGUUGCUAUGGCGAGGAGACAGUCCAAUGAGACCCAACAGUGACUUCCUGUCCAUGGGGCUUCAGGAUGGUGCCCUAAUCUUCAGCUACAACCUGGGCAGUGGUGCGGCUAACAUUGCUGUCAAUGGGACCUUUAAUGAUGGAAAGUGGCACAGAGUCAAAGCUGUGAGGGACGGCCAGACAGGGAAGCUGACAGUGGACGACUAUGGAGCAAAAACAGGCAGGUCAGCUGGAAAGAUGAGACAACUCAAUAUCAAUGGACCCUUAUAUGUUGGUGGCAUGAAAGAGAUAGCUCUCCACACAAACAGACAGUACAUCGGCGGCUUGGUGGGCUGCGUGUCCCACUUCACGCUCUCCACUGAUUAUCACCUGGCACUGGUGGAGGAUGCUGCUGACGGCAAGAACAUCAACACCUGCUCCAACUAAAAAAAUGGAUUCAGUACAUAAAAGUCCAUUUCCAGCACUAUUUUCAAGUGGAGUGAACCCCUCAGCCAACUGAUUUUUCUUCUUGAAACUGACUAACCAGCGCUGAAUGAGAAAAAAACUGAAAACAAUUAGAUUUUGGUCAACCAAGUCAGGGCUGACAUGGCACAUGGCAACAGCAAAAAAAAAAAAAAAAACCCCAAAAAACCAACCAGAGGAUGUUACAAAGCACAAGCACUCUGUGAAAGGAGAGAAACACGUUAGCGUUACGGGUAAUGAUGGUCUUUGAAAAACCUUUUGAAAGACAUUUUUUCUUGGGAUGAUUCCAAUUGUAUCUUUAUUUUUUCUACUGUAAAUCCUUAUUUGAUUGCUGGAAGAACCAAGUGAUCCAAAGGAUCAAGAGUCAUCACAAGUUUUUCAUGAACCUGACCUAGAGAAGCUAGCAGAGAUUAAUGUCUUUGUAGAGGAUUUUGGUUGUGGCCCUAGAGGAUGUCUGUUGUUUUUAUUGUCGUAGAAUUUGUGUUCUUGUUUGUGAUGUAUUAUCAGUUUGUAGAAUACAUUUUUUGCAAGAUUGAUUGACGUCAGUUUUUUUUUAAAGAUUACUAAUUUUUAAGGGUGAAGAUGUCAGCUGCACAUAAUAUUUGCUUUUUAAUACUUUCUUCUUUUAGUUUACAUGCUCCUUUGUUUUGAACUCUCAGAUACUGUACUAAUCACACGAGAGUCUGAUGUUGACACAGUGGAGCAGCCAAAAUCCUGGAGAAUUUGUGUGUGAUGGUCUGUUACCCUCAUUUGAACAAACCACAGUACUGUGGACUUCAGCCUUUAAGUGGAGUUGCUUUGUAGCUUUUGUUUUCACACCAAAGAGAAUCAAUAGAACAGUUCUUCUAUUUAAUCAUUUGCAAUGCAAGAUUGUCAGUUCAGUGCUUUCCCACGCCCAACCUUUGCUUUUAGAAAGAGACAUUCUCGGUUAAGUUAAAGGUUGUUGCUCUCCAAAAAUCCGUCACCAGUGACCAAAUAACAUGAGAGCUACAACCUGGUUUGAGCUCAGAACAAAUCCAGUAAUAAAUUGUCACUUAUUACACGAGUUCACAUCUUGAAUUUGUCUGAGGAGAGUGUCAGAAAGUCUGUGGGUGCCUGCAGCAUUUUCAGCAAGCGUGUCAGAGCUGAAGGACGUUUCGAAUGACAUGCAUCCAGUGAAAUACACCAUGUGACUGUGGCAUUUGAAUGGACACGAGUGAUGUCCUACACUACGGGGUGCUGACUAAAGUAUGAUGUAAGAUGUUCGUUAAAUAGCUGUUAUCCCUACACUUUAGGACUUUAGGAAAAUGUUGGUGAUGUGAUGUGAGGGUGUGUGUCUGGCUAUCCAUUUGAAGCUUUAAGUUUGAAUUAGUGAAGCCAGAUAGCACAAAUUUCUGCAAAGGACUGACCCAGAUGGAUAUGAAAGUGGACAAACAAGCAGGAACCACCAUGGCUGAGUGUGCACACCCUGAAACAAGCUACUACUCAAGCCUUAAUGCUCCCCUUAAUAUCUUGAGAAUUUAUGGUCGUACGGACAUGUAUAGGUGUAACCAUUUGUUAUGUGAUAAAGUGUCAGUUGUAAGUAAGUUUGAUGACCCACUGGAAGACAGUGACUUCAAAACACAUUUCGUAAGUUAAAUAAUGUUAGACAGGAUUUGCAAAAAUCUUCUACCAACUUUUUUAAAUUGACAUGUAAGAAAUGUUCUCUGUUUUUAACUGGUACACUGUACAAAAACUAGACCUGCAAUACAUGCUAGUCUGCCAAUUAAACAACUUGCUAACAAAAUUCUUGUCAUGGUUUGUAAUGUAAUGAUUGGCACACAUAA